UUCCAAGCGGGAAUUAUGGAGGCCCAAAUUUGAUUGUGCAACAAAGACCAUAAAGUUGGGAACAUACGUCAAACAUUUGAACGGCUAAGAUCAGCUGAUUAACACAACCGAAUAAACCGCAAUAUCUGACGUGGCUACAGGUGAUUCAGUUAGGAGGCUUGUUUACCAUUUAUAACUUUUGUCCCGCGCUACAUUUUGUUCAGGAACAACUGGUUUCUUCUUGUCUUUCCACUUUCCAUUUCAGCAAUUCUUUGUCUUAAGUUCUCAAAUCCUAACAUGGGAAUAUAAGUCACUGUCACUGAGCGGUUUGAACUUUGAGCAAAGAGUCCAGAUGUCUGCCACACAGGAGGGAGUGCUAGGUAGGGCCAAAGCAGAAUGGACUCCAUCUCGUGAUGCAUAUCUGGUGGAGCUUUUAAUUGAGCAGCACAAUUGUGGACGAACAGCCUAUAAUGAAUUUAAGAAUGAAGUGAUUAGGUCUGUUACACGUGAUUUUAACAAGAAGUUUGGCAUGAAUUUAGAAGAAAACCAAAUAAAAAACCGCUACAAUGUGAUGAAGAAAGAUUAUGGUGUUGUUAAAACCCUGCUUGGCCAUAAUGGAUUUGACUGGGAUGAAACUCGGCAAAUGGUUGUAGCUGAUGAUAAAGUUUGGGACAAUUAUAUUGUGGUACGGAGUGAAGCUAGACCUUUCCGACGCAAGAGCUUUCCCCUUUAUAAACAAAUGUCAAUCAUAUUUGAAGGAGAAAGAACUACUGGCAAAUGUAUUCCAAACGGGGUUCCUGUGAUAACUGAAGAGGGUAAUAGCAACACAGAAACAGUCCGAUCCUCAGAUCCAACUAACGUACAUACACAGGUAGUUGAGGGUACCCUUGAUUCUGAUUCAAUAAUUCGUAUAUGUGACAAACAACCAAAGAAAAGAAAGUCUGUUGCUCCAAGAGCUUCAGCUCAUAAGAAAAGGGCAUGCUAUGAUGCUGGUGAGACAAUAGAGAAUGCCAUAUAUGAGAUGUUUUCAGCAGUCAAGUGCAAAGCUUUACAAAAAGAUGCAUCAAAUGAAAGAACAUUGUAUCAGAAGUGCCUGCAGGAGUUGCAGCAAUUAGAAGAAUUGAAUGAUGCUGAAUUUACAAAGUCUGUUAAUGUUCUCAAAGAUGAUAAAAAUGCAAUUGCAUUCAUGACAAUUAAAGGGCCUCGACGUUUGAUUUGGUUGAGGUCUCUAUGGCAAGCAUCCUGACCCUGAAACUGAAAUGCGUUAAGAAGUUAGCUUACUUUCAUACGCGAGUGUUACAAUUUUUUUUACCUGCAGAUGCCCUUCUGUUUUUGAGUACAUUAAUUCAUAUGCAAGACAUGUUUGCUUAUGAUUCAAGAGACCACUUUACCUUUUCUAUUUCUACUUAUCAUAACUCACUGGUAUGUCAACAUUAACUGUUUGGCAAUCUUUUUGUUUCACAUGCAUCAUUAAGUACAGAAAUAUAAUGUAUGCGCUUGUCACUUUGGUCUUUUCCGACACAUAGAUAUCGUCAUUGCUAGAUGAACAUGUGAAACAAUUUCUA